UUGAAGUGCUGCGUGACCGGUGCUGAACAUCAGUAUUAUGACCAAAUCUCACACAAUAAACACCUCGUCACAUCAUCACCGGGGGACUUGCUGGAUUCACCUGCCGUGUUUUGGUUCGUGCACGACUUUAAUCCUGUCGAUACACUUUUGUGUUCUCUGAGGACAGAUGAGUGAAAGUAACGUUAAUCCGCGUUUGUGAAGAGCAAACUUUCUGUUGAUACACACGUGGAGCAGCAGGAUGUUUUGGAUGAAUUGUUCUCAGGUCACGUGACGUGAUCCUUGCAGGAGAGAAGUAGCCAAUCUGAUCUGGGAUCAGAGUGAGAGGUUUGCACAGGCUUCAGAGUUUCCUCCCGCUGCUUUCCUCUGCUAACGUUCAUACACAGCCUGCCGUGACAGCUCUUUAUCGCUCACUCUUGUAAGCUUCUCUUUGAAACACGACGGAGACAAUGUUUGGCAAUGAGAAUGAGCAGUGGGUGUGUCCCAAUGACCGACAAUUAGCCCUUCGAGCGAAGUUACAUACGGGUUGGUCCAUCCACACAUUCCAGACAGAGAGGCAGAGGAAAGCUCAGACGCUUGAAAAAACAGAGCUGGACAUCAUCAUGGGCGUCAUUCACCGUGCGGAACAGCUUGAGCUCAUUGAGCAACACAGGAUUGGGCGUCUAGUGGAGCGUCUUGAGAACAUGAGGCAUUCUGCCGUUGGGAACGGUCUGUCACAGUGUCUGCUGUGUGGAGAAAUGCUGGGUUUGCUGGGCUCCUCAUCCGUCCUCUGUUUGGAUUGCUGCAUGAAAGUGUGCACUAAAUGUGGUAUUGAGACUAUAGGUGGUCAGAAAAGAUCUCAAUGGCUUUGCAAGAUCUGCAGUGAACACAGAGAGGUUUGGAAACGUUCAGGAGCCUGGUUCUACAAAGGCCUGCCGAAGCACAUUCGCCCCAUCAAGGAUUCAGUUCUAGAUAAGAGAAAACCGGUAAUGGAAAGAGCAGCGAUGGCGGUGGUCAGAAACGCACCCAUGACCUACACAUGGGCUCAAAGCAAAGUGUAUUUGAGUGAAAGUGACGGCAGUGAUGAUGAGUUCACUGAAUGCAGCAUUGACAGAAAGACCUUCAUGUCUGAGUCAGAUCAAAGAAGAGAUUCUGAAUCAAGUGGCGGUCUGGUGCAGACACCCUUGCUGUCCAGCAUUGCCUGCCCAUCUCGAACCAUCUUUUCCACAGAAAGACCCUCUAGCUCGUUCAGCGAGCGAAGCAUCAUCACACAACCGACUUUGGAGGAUGAAGUCACAGACCAUGGCCGACUCUUACUGACUCCUCCGGCCCUCAGCCGCACCGGCUCCCUGAGAAGCACCUCCGCCAGCCAGAAGUCCGAGGGCCCAGCCGCAGACCCCAGACAGGAUGAAGAAGACCUGGACCAAGCCUUCGGCGCCGCGGCUCUCGUGUCCAGCAAGAAGGAGGAAGAGCCGGACGUGGAGGGCUACGAUUCGGACGACUCCACUACACUCGGCACUCUGGACUUCAGCCUUCUGUAUGAUCAGGAGAACAAUGCUCUGCACUGCACUAUCAACAAAGCCAAGGGACUCAAACCAAUGGAUCACAAUGGGCUGUCAGAUCCCUAUGUUAAGCUGCACCUGCUGCCGGGAGCCAGCAAGGCCAAUAAGCUCCGCACAAAGACCCUACGCAACACACUUAACCCUGUCUGGAGUGAGACCCUGACGUAUUACGGAAUAACAGAUGAAGAUAUGGUUCGCAAAACACUCAGGAUUUCAGUGUGCGACGAAGAUAAAUUCCGCCACAAUGAAUUCAUCGGAGAAACCCGAAUCCCCCUGAAGAAACUCAAACCCAACCAGACCAAGAACUUCAGCAACUGUUUGGAAAAGCAGCUUCCUAUUGACAAGACAGACGACAAGUCUCUGGAGGAGCGAGGGCGCAUUAUGAUCUCUCUGAAGUACAGCUCUCAGAAGUGUGGCUUGGUGGUGGGCAUCAUCCGCUGUGCCCAUCUCGCUGCCAUGGAUGCAAAUGGUUUCUCUGACCCUUAUGUUAAAACGUAUCUCAAGCCAGAUGAGAACAAAAAAUCAAAGCACAAGACAGCGGUCAAGAAGAAGACCCUUAACCCUGAAUUCAAUGAAGAGUUUUUCUAUGAGAUCAAGUAUGCUGACCUCAGCAAGAAGACCCUGGAGGUGACUGUUUGGGACUAUGACAUUGGCAAAUCCAAUGAUUUCAUUGGUGGAGUCUCAUUAGGUAUAAAUGCCAAUGGCGAGAGGCUUAAACACUGGUUUGACUGUCUCAAAAACAAGGACAAGAAAAUUGAGCGCUGGCACACGUUAACCAAUGAGCUCCCUGGUUCAGGGUACAAUGACUGAACUUAUACCUUCAGUGGUCACACCAGUGCCCAGACCCUCACCUACACGACGUCGAUAUAAGCCCGGCCUUUGAUGGAUAGAUCAAUACUCCAGCCGUUCAUUGAUUUAGAGACGGGUGCCAAUAUCUGUUUCUAACUAACACACCUGCUCUAACCCUCAUACUUUCCCUGGCGUUGAGUUUGCCGUUUGAUCGUUUGGCUUGACGUGGCUUUUGGGCUUAUAUUAGAGUCUAUAAUCAGCCUGUGUUUGUACAGCCUCGGUGAAAACGGAGAGAUGACGUUCCCGCAGCCAACAGGAGAUCAGAUGUGCUGUUUAAAUAUUGAAACAUACUGCUCUCAUUCUUCGUUCUCUUAGCUAUCUCUGAGGUUUAACAUGUAUUCGAGGAUGCUGUUGUUUACAGAAGUUAGCAGUCAGAGGCUCUAAAAUACGACAAUUUCCAAACAAGGGUGAAAUGAGUUCUUCUGAAAAAAAAGUAUUGUUUACAUCACAAAUACCGUUUCUGAUGUUUGUCUUAAAAGCAAAAACCACAAGAUUAUAUUUUACAGACAGAUGAUUGUAAGAAAUGAUGUGUAGUCUUUUUAGGUUUAAAAGAAAUCGUAACUCCCCUUUUUUUACAAUAGAUUUUUUUAAUAACUUGAAUGAUCUCCCAGUCAGUCAUCUAAAUGAAUGUCAUUAAUUUAUCAUAUGAAAUUAUUACCUAUAGUUAUCAUAACUCAUUUUUAGUCACAACAAAUUAACAGUUGACAAUAAAGCACACAGGAGCUUAAAUAGCCAUUUUUCUGAAAUAAAUCCAGAGAUCAAACCUUGUUUACACACUAGACACACUAUUACCCAAAAGGAACGACUCGAGACAAUGAACGAGAGAUUUUUACACCUCCUGAUUGGCUCACGUAUUUUUUUCCCCAGCCCAAUCCAUAGAUGUUUUUUUUCUGUAUUCUUCACCUUGAAAAGGAAAAAACGGGCUAAAACACAAGUUACAGUACUAUUGUUUUCAGAUUGAUUGAUUAAAAGCAUGUUUAUUAUAUUCUUCCCUUGAGGGUUUUAAAGAGUUGUAUACUUUGGACCAAAUAUAUUUUUUUAAAGGCAAUGGUAAAAUCUUUUAAAAUGUUUGUUUUAAUUUUGUGUAUCUGUUGUGUUAUUUAAUGGAUUUGCAUUUAUAUAACCAAUUUAUUGUUUUAACCUUUCUGCGUUAUUGCAAAUUCAGCAUGCUCUCGGUGGGUAUAAUGGAUGUAUUACUGUAUGUUUAAUCAUUAUAUUAAGUUAUUUUUGCAAUCUACCGGUGGAGUGGCUAUUUCUGCCCAAGAUAAAACUUCACCUGCUGACCGUUUAUUAAUACACUGAAACCCCUGAAAGCAGACCACCUGUAUGAUGUUCAUCUAAUGAGAAAACGUAACAUUCAUUGUAAAAGCCACUCCUGUGACACUUUUGUAAUCUUUGCUUUUGUAAACAAACUCUAUGGCAUAAAAACGCAUGCAAUGUUUUUGGGCUGUCAUUAAAUUAACAAAGCUUCAUGUUUGAUACUGUUGUUCUCAUCUGUAAAAUGAGUUCCCGCUCUUGGAUGCUAUAAGAAUGUCAGCCUUCCUUCUCGGACAGUUUUUGUACUUUUGAAUCGCAUUGGGUUCCUCUAUAGACUGGAUGUGUGACUGCAUGUUACAAAAAAUAAAUCUUGUCUUGUUUUGAUCAUUUUCAA